AUGCCUUACAAAAGAACUUACAAGAAGAAACACACAGCCACCAGGCAAAGGGCUGCCGCCGAAGUAGCUCACGAAGAUACUGUUCCGACUCAGGCAACAGCUCCAACCGCCUCUACUGUUACACCUCCUAAUGCUUCAGAUAGGGAUGUUAGGAGUGCUAUCAACAUGCUCACCCAGCUGGUAGAAGCUCAGGCCCAACGAACUUCGUCUACCCUGAAUUUCCAUAAAGCCCCAUGGCCAAAUGCAACAGUGGAAAAAUUAGUACCAAAUUACAAGUACCCUCACUUGCACUUUGUCAACCUUCACAAAAAUUUUGUUAACGACAAGGAAGUCCCGGUCAAACCGUCGUGGUGGCAAUUUGGUAAAAAGAUGCACGGUGGAGUUGUCGUGGAUACGGGGACUACCAUUACACAUUUCCCCGAAGAUUUUUACAUCAUAUUUCGUUACAUAUUUAGACCUGAAGUAGGAGAUAUUCCGAUCGUUGAAAAUCCAGUGGGAGAUUUUGACACUUGCUAUCAGGCUGACCUAGACGGCAGUGAGGUGUACUUUCCUGUUGUGAAGUUGUACUUUGACAGUAAAAGUCCAGGCUCGAUGUUGUUUCUCGCUCAAGAACGAGUUGUAACGCUUAUAGGUGAUCAAUAUUGCCUAGCUUUUAAAGGACGGGAUAAAGAUUUCACAGUAAUAGGAACUAAUCAACUCCAAGCAGUAGGAUUAACUUUUGAUACUUCACAGAACACAUUGUCCUUUGACUUAGAUGCAUGUGCAUGA